UAUACGAGAGACACGUCUUGGGUAUUCUAUAGCCUUUGUCUUGAAGAAGCUGCCAAGGAGGCUGAACAAGUCCUUCAAAGGUUCAACCCUUCACAGGCACUUCCCACCAACCUUCAAAAGUUCAGUUGGAAAAGUUGUCUACACUUUGGAGACAAAACUAUCAAGAUCAAUGCGUAUUUCUAGCAAAGACAAAACAGAGUUUCAUUAUGUCUCCAGACCGGAUGUGUCCAAUCCUGAACUAAUGGCGCCUCAGUACGGAACCAAAGAUAAACAAAUGAAACUCUUCCCCUCUGGGAGUGUCUCCAUGAACAUAAACACUGAGAAAAUGGGAUACUACCUUGGGGAGGGCUUGAAAGUUUUGGUUGAAGUUCAGAACAAUUCUUCCCGUUCAAUCAAACCAAAAUACUGCUUGUAUGAAAAACACAGUUUUUGUGCAAGAGGAAAAAGGAAACUUCACACACAUGACCUGCUCAUAGAGGAAGGGGAACCCAUUGAGCCAAACUCAAAGAUAACUGUCACCAAAGUGCUGUCCAUUCCACCCAGCCUUGCCAUCUCUAUCCUAAACUGUAGGAUCCUCAGUGUUGAGUACAGACUCAGGGUCUACCUGGAUGUGCCUUAUGCCUCAGAUCCAGAGAUCAGAUUUCCAGUUGUGCUUCUUCCUCCUCAGCCCGUCUCAGGGGCUACAAACAGUGACUUUGGAAUCUGGAAUCAACCACCCGGAAGCAGUAUGUACCCCAACCCACCUCCACUUGCCCCACCACUUAAUGUGGUUGGACCACCUGGUCAGUUUGGUGCCCCUGGCUACUAUGGACCACCUCUGAGUCAGUUUCCUGUUCCUGGUUACACUGGACCUCCGGGUCAAUUUGGUCCUUCAGUUUCACAUCAGUCUGACCCAUCAAGUGAUUUUGGAAUCACCUUAGACUUCUUUUAUUGUUUUAUCUAGAAUUCUGGAAUGAUUUGUAUAUGUAGCCUUUUAUAUUUUAGGUAGUGAUGUUGACUGUUAAUAAGCUAACAACAUUCUAUACUAUUUAUUUUUGUAUUUCUGAACCUUCAGUAUAGUGCUAUAUUUUACAUCCUAUGAAAAAGAUAAAUCCUGCUUUAUUAAGUAGAGUACAGUAUUUUUUUUUUAAAUGUUUCAAAUUAAAGUAAGCAUUUGUGCUGCUUUAAAAUUGUACAUUUAUUCAACUUGAAAUGUUAAAUUGUACCAAGUGACAACUUUAAGGCAGCAUGAAUUUUUUUUUUGAAAAAACAGUUUUUUAUAGUGUAAAUUUACCAUCAGUUUCUGCAUAAAAAAGUUAUGGAUUUACCAUGAACUUCUCCAUAAACUGUUACAAAGUUUAUUCAGAACUUAAACUAAGUUACAACAAUAUAGACCAAAAAUUUUUGAACACACUGUGACACUAUUGUUUGACUGAAUAAUAUAUUUUAUGUAUUCAUAUUUAUGUAUGAAAUAUAAAACUGAAUUUACUCAUAUUAUAGACUCGUAUAUUAUCUUCUUAACAGGUGGAAAACUAUUAACUAUUAUUAAUUGAAAUUUAUAUAUAUAUAUAUAUAUAUAGAUAUAGAUUUACUCUUUAAAGCUCCCAUGUAACUUUUUACCCUCUAUCGGUAAAAAAAUAAAAUAAAACUGCUUGUGUCUUGCGAAAGAACGUUUUGGUUGUUUUUCGUCUCUGCACCAGUGUA